CACACGAGGCUUCUUACUGCGAAUCGUUCUUUCUUAUCACAAGUGUCGCAGACAUGGCGCUUAACCUCACCGUCAAGGUGCAUCCCGUAGUUUUAUUUCAAGUUGUAGACGCUUAUGAGCGACGGAAAGCAGAAUCGUUACGCGUUAUCGGCACCUUGUUGGGCACCGUGGAGAAAGGAAUUGUCGAGGUGACCAAUUGCUUUUGCGUGCCGCACAAGGAGUCCGAAAGCCAGGUAGAAGCCGAUCUCACCUACGGAAUGGACUUGUACGAUUUAAAUCACCGAGUGAACGGACAGGAGAACAUUGUCGGCUGGUGGGCUACCGGCAAUGAGGUCACUACACACUCGUCUGUUAUUCACGAAUACUAUGUGCGAGAAUGUAAUAAUCCAGUGCAUUUGACUGUUGACACUACGUUAGCAAAUACGACGAGAAUGGCGAUCAAAGCUUAUGUAUGUGUUCCGCUAGGCGUGCCUAAUGGCAAGCAAGGAUCCAUGUUUACGCCGGUUAAAGUUCAGAUUAAAUGCUACGAGCCAGAGGUUGUAGGACUGCAAUUAUGUUCCAAGACGCAGUUGCAGUCUCAUAUACAAGCUGGAAAAUCUACCGGAGGGACGGAACCCAUGAUGGAUCUUGCGCAAGUCUCAGAAGCUUGUUCUAAACUUUCCAUAAUGCUGGAACAAGUACUCGCAUAUGUCGAUGAUGUUUUAGCAGGAAAACAACUGCCAGACAAUCAAGUGGGUAGAGCUCUUUUGGAUAUGGUACACUCUGUUCCAAAAAUGACAAGCGAUCAAUUUGAUGAAAUGUUCACUAGCAAUGUCAAGGAUCUUUUAAUGGUUGUUGCGUUGUCACAAUUGAUAAAAACACAGUUGCAACUUAAUGAGAAACUGACUCUACUUACGACUUUAUGAUAAAAAAUGUCUGAUUAUUGCAUAAAUUCAUAAUAUGAAAGAAAAAAUCAAUAACAAUUCAUUUUUCAUAUAUUUUGACUUCUUGAUGCCUAUUGUUGGGAUUAUAAUGUAUGAAAUUAUGAACAAUGCGCGAAUUAUAAAAAAUAACUUGCGUAGAAUGAUUACAAUUGUAUACAAAUUACUUUUAACUACAAUAAUAAGCAAUAAAUAUAUAUUA